UCCCUGUGUGUCCCUAUGGGUCUCUGGCCCCCCACGCUGAGGCUCUGUGUCCCCGCAGGGCGGCUGAUCUUCGACAACCUCAAGAAGUCGAUCGCCUACACGCUGACCAAGAACAUUCCGGAGCUGACGCCGUACCUCAUCUACAUCACGGCCAGCGUCCCGCUGCCGCUCGGCUGCAUCACCAUCCUUUUCAUCGAGCUCUGCACCGACAUCUUCCCCUCGGUCUCCCUGGCCUACGAACGCGCUGAGAGCGACAUCAUGCACCUGAAGCCCCGCAACCCCCGCCGGGAUCGGCUGGUCAACGAGCCGCUGGCCGCCUACUCCUAUUUCCAGAUCGGCGCCAUCCAGUCCUUCGCUGGUUUCACCGAUUACUUUGUGGCCAUGGCGCAGGAGGGCUGGUGGCCGCUGCUCUGCGUGGGGCUGCGGCCCCACUGGGAGGACACGCAUCAGCAGGAGCUGCAGGACAGCUAUGGGCAGCAGUGGACGUUCGAGCAGCGCCGCUACCAGCAGUACACGUGUUACACCGUGUUCUUCAUCAGCAUCGAGAUGUGCCAGAUCGCUGACGUCCUCAUCCGCAAGACGCGCCGCCUCUCCCUGCUGCAGCAGGGCCUCUUCCAGAACCACAUCCUGCUGAUCGCCAUCGUCUUCCAGGUGUCCAUCGGCUGCUUCCUGUGCUACUGCCCCGGGAUGCCCAACAUCUUCAACUUCAUGCCCAUACGGUGCGCCCCACAGCUGCCCCACAGCUGCCCUAUAACUGCCCCAUAGCUGCCCCACAGCUGCCCCAUAGCUGC